GACAUUCAGCUGGAAAAUGCAAAGGCUGCUGGGAAAAUGGACAUCAGCGUCGAUCUGGAAGCCACAUAUGCUAAGCUGGGUCUAAAUCUAGGAGCAAUCACACUUGGAGAGAAGGAUAGAAAGAAAAUGAACUCUACCCUCAGGAAGAAGGAGAAUGAAAACAUCUCUCUAGCUGUAUGUGCUCUCCUGAAUUCGGGAGGUGGAGCCAUCAAGGUUAAAGUUGAAAACGAAAAUUAUAGUUUCAUUAGGGAUGGCUUGGGACUAGAUUUGGAAGCCUCUGUUUCUAAAUGCCUGCCGUUUGUCCAGUGGCACCUGAACUUCUCGGAGAGCGAAGGCUACCUUUAUAUCUACGUGAAUUCGUGGAGCCAGGAAAUCUUUGGACUGCCUAUUGGCACCCUGAGAACCAAUUUGUAUGCGAGGAGCUUGUCAUCCUCCAUGCAGGUGAGUGCUGACGCUGCUCUAGAAUUUCUCCAGGACCUGGAGGAAACUGGAGGGAGACCCCGUGUCAGAUCGGAGUCGCCUGCAAGUAGAGCCUGCCCUGGGGUAGAAGAAGAAUGUCACCUGGAGGAUUUGGCUACUGCACUUUUUAACAAGACAGAAUUUCAGUACAAGGAGACGUUCCACUUUACCAGAUCCACAUACGUUGAAGUUACAUCGCCUUCCGCGAAACGCCUGCGAAAGCACAUCAAAGGGCUCCUCCCUCGGACUGUUUCUGCUUUCGCAAACACGGAUGGGGGAUAUUUGUUCAUUGGUUUGGAUGGCAAAACCCAGCAAAUUAUUGGUUUUGAAGCAGAGAAGAGCGAUCUCGAGCUUCUAGAGACUGAAAUAGAAAAGGGCAUCAGACAGCUGCCUGUCACUCACUUCUGUGAGGAGAAGGAGAAGAUCAAGUACACAUGCAAAUUCAUGGAAGUGCACGAAUCCGGAGCUGUGCGUGGAUAUGUGUGUGCGCUCAGAGUGGAGAGGUUCUGCUGUGCAGUGUUCGCUGCACAUCCUGAAUCCUGGCACGUGGAAGACAGCUGUGUGAAGAGGUUCACCGCAGAGGAAUGGGUGAAGCACCAGAUGGAUGCCCCAGCAGGUUGAAGGAGGAUUAAUAACCAGGCUACGAGGAUUGGAGAGAUGACUCAGUGGCUCUUCCAGAGGUCCUGAGUUCAAUUCCCACCAACCAUGUAUAGUGGGAUUGAGAAACUGAGAAACCUAAGCAGAGGCCGGGAGACCUAACUUUAGACAAAGAAUCGGGUCCAAGGUGAAACAUAUCCGGCCAACUGCAGCUGCUGGGAAUUAACAAGAAGGGUUGAUAGUCACUCCUCUUAUGUAUGGGAGUACACUGUCACUGUCUUCAGACACACCUGAAC